AUGAACGAAGACGAUUUUUGGGAGCUUCCGCUGGCACAAUGGCUCAGGUAAUUUUUCGAAAACUGAAAUUAAAAGUUCAAAAACGCACCUAAUUGAUGCAAAAUCUUUUUUAUUCAAUCAUGAUUGGUUCAUUUGUCGUAGACACGUAAACGUUUCUUCGCGUGGGUUUAACUUUUUGACAAAAAUCAACUUUUUGCUAGUUUUUUUUUCUCAACUUUGUAAGUUUUUAAGAAAUUUUAGUAUCGGACUAGUUAUUUUGGCAAAUUCGCAAGAGAAAAUCAAAGAAAAAGGUAAAAAAUUGAAAAAUAAACUCUCAGUGAGAUUACGGUAAGUGAAAUAGUCGCAGACACAAGCACGCAACCGUUGCUUGGCGUGGAAUUAAUUUUUUUUUUCCUCAAAUUUUUUCUUCUUUUUUUUCUUGCUCUUCCUUUUAAUGAUUUUUUCAAUGCAUUUUCUUAGUUUAUUGAAGAUUUUGAAGCAUUGCAUGACUUGAAAUAAUCCUCGAGACAGCUCUCAGCAUUCCUCAUUGAGUAGUUUGAUAGACUGAACGUUUUUCUAAUUUUCGUAGUUUUGUCAAUCAGGUUAAAGAAAUAGGAUUUUUUUAAUUUUAUUUGCAGCUAGUUUGAUUUUUUUACUGUUAUUUUUAAAAAAACUCGGGAAGUUUUCUCAUAGUCCAAUAAAAUCCAUCGUUUACUCCUGUCUUACGAAAUUAAAAAUUUUUUUUUCGAUUUAAAGCGUGUUUUGUGGAAUUCAACUUUUUUUUAACUACUGUGAUUUUUGAAUAUAUUUUUUUCAUGAUUUUCAUCUUUUCUUUUUCCAGAGAUUGUGCCAGCGGUGCGCCGCCCUUGUUCGAAGAAUCGCAAUGGCGGCUGGCGACGCGGAAAACGUUGCCGCUUCAGUACAGAGAGCUCACCGACGGAGUUCUUCUCGCCGUUUUGUUCCAAACUAUGUUGGUUUCUUUUUUUUAAGCUAGAAAUUUUUUGUUAUUCUAGGAAUUUUUCUCCCCAUUUCACGGUGAGUAUCAGAGAGAGUAUCGAUUCUAGACAAAAAUGUUUCCUUCGCAAUUUUUAAGUCCAAAACUGUUCAUGAUUUUUCGAUGAAAAAUAAAGCUUAACCUCUAUAAGAAAAUUUUAUGGGUUUAUCAACCUUUAAGUGAAUUUGCAUAGUUUUGGAAAAUCAAGUUUCUCCUUUACUUUUUUUUUUCAAUUUUUUUGAUCCACUGAGAACAUAAAAAUAAGCCGCUCAAGUGAAAGCCGGCCGCCGUGAUUCUACUUUUACGAGAACGCCUCGGCCCAUAAAUGUUCGGUGAAAUUUGUUUGUACAUAUAAUGCUUCCUGUGUACAUGUGCCAUCGCGCGUCUAUUAGUCAUCUGUUUCGUUUUUUUGUACCUUUUUUUCAAAAAUUUUUUAUGCUUUGUGGAAAAAUUAUUUGAAAGAUAUUCAGAGAAAUCUUAAUUUUUAAUUUUUGUCCUGGUUCACUGUGAUCAGAUUCAGACGCUUGCGCUCACAGCUUUGAAAAAUUUUGAAAAAUAGCCGAAAGAUUACAAGUUUUUCGAAAAAUGGCUAUUUUUAAGGAAGACUAAGACUUCGACGAUCCUUCUGAGUUAUAUUAAAGAAUUUGUAAGCCGAUUCCCGAAUAGGUCUGAUCACCUAAGUAAAACGACUCUCUUGUCAGAGCCUCUUUCAAAAUCCACCAAAAGUCCACUCGAAACCAUGACCGAAGCCAUUAGCAACGACGAAAUAUCAUCAAGAAUAGAAAAGAUGAUACCCCAUGGGCGUGCUCGAAAAUGAAAUGUGGGCUCGUUAGGCUCUCCGACACAUCUGCUCUUCUUCUACUUGUUGAAAGGCCUGAGCCGCCGUCCCAUCGGCUCUAAAUCAAUCAGAUCCCCGCAAGCCGUUCGAUUUCUGAUUCAUUGCAAAGUUUCCAGUUUUUAUGGGUUUUUUGUAAUUUUCUCAACCCAAUGUUCACAAAAAUUCAUUUUCAAUCCUCAACUUUUUUAAAAUAGAAAAUCAAUUGACUCGAAUAAGCUCCAAUUGAACCUUUAUGAACUAAAAAAAAAAUCAGAUUUACUUGUUUUAGCCCAUUUAAAGACUUUUCAUGAAAUUUUAGAACCAGGAUAAAAUCUCCAUUUUAUUACAGCUCUCACUUUACCGUUUGAGCUUCUACAUGCUCAAUCCAUUGUUUUUUUUUCCAAUUGUUUCUUUUUUUUUAGUGAUCCGUCGAUCAACAUCUUCUUGGUGAACGACCGGACAUCGUAUUGCGAUUCUGCGCUCCGGCAGAAGCAAUUGAAGAGCCUUUUCCACGCCAUCAACACUUUUUAUAAGGUUAUCUUUGAAAAAUCUCUGAAAACUUUGAAAUUUAUCAAAAGCUUUCUAGUAAUAAAACUUUUGUUGCUCUUCUCAAAAAUGUCCUCAAACCCAAGUUCCUUCACCUUGAACGGGCCACUUUUGAAUAGGUCCAAUUUUUCACGUACAUGUUCUUUUCAGGUUUUUUUUUCCAGUUUCGAAGGUCAGUAUAGUUUUCAAAUGAGAGCAGGACAGCUACAAUCAGAGCCAUUUAGACAACAAUUUUUUUUUAUAAUUAGCACUCAAUCCUAAUUCAUUUGGUCUCGCUCCCACAAGUGAUCCCACCCCUUGGGGUUAAAAAUACAGUUCAAUUCUCUGAACUGACUUUUUACCUAAAUUUAAAGUUUGUAGUUUAUAGUUUUAUUCAGACUUCAGAGAAGAUUCUCUACUGAAUCAUGGAAUAAAUGAAGAGUUGAUUGUCGGUUUUCCGGACUGCGUUGACCAAGAAUGACUAGCAGAUCAUCUUGCCCUUUUUCGGGUAGUAACGUUAGGAAGUUGGACGUUCCGAUGAUCACUGCUUCUCCAUAUAGAAACAGUACGGCGCCCAGCUUGUCCGGGGCUGGGGGGCGUCGGCAUGAAUCUUUCUGGGUGACUUUGAAGUCUCCAUUUCCAAAGCUAUGAAUUUCUUCUAAUUUUCAGUUUUGAAUAAGAUUUCUCUGUAAGCCCGAUACGCGUAAGAAGCAAAAAAAUGUUUUCGAAAUUUUUAGAAAAUCUGGUAGCUCCGAAAUAUUUUCAUCCAAAUUUUUCAUGAAAACGUGCCUUCUCUGCUUAAAUUCAUGACAUUUGUAAAAAUAUUAGCGUUUUUUUAAGCAUACAAUUUUGAGGCACGACUCCAACAACUGGUUGUCAUAGCAUCUCCUGACAUCACGGCGAUCGCUCGGAGUAAUUCUCCUGGUCAGUUUUUUUUUUCUUAAAGCUCAUGUUUUUUUUGUUUUUUUCUCUUCUACUGUUUUUUAUUCUUUCUAUCACCCCUGAUUUUUAAGAACGAAUUCCUAUGUCUCAGCACCCUUCAAAAGGAACUAUGGAACGUUUUUAUAGUGCAAACAUUUCGGGGCCAUAUACAAAAACGAUAAACCCAAAUAUGGGCCGAAUUUUCAGUUGCAUUCUUGACUGUAGGAAAUGUUACAAUUUUUGGGUAUUCGAGAAGUUUUGUAGGAUUUUUAGGAGCUCUGAGAAUAGCUUGAAGGAAUUUUAAAAAGUUCUGAAACUUACUGCGUUGAUCGGAGCUAUUUUUAUAAGCAUAGAGGGACUUUCAAAGAGCUACAAUACUAAAUUUAUGAAAAAAAGCAAUGAAAAAAAUUUUUAUUUAUGACAUAUCAACCGGUAAUGAAAAUCAGCUGCAAAUCGACCAGCUGCUGAUUCAAACUUGAUAUUUUAAGAAGGAUUAUUCCAGCUGAGCCGGUUAGUUAUUGCAUGGCAAAAGUGACCUCUCGGUCUUAA